AUAGUAAGGAAACAAGAUGUUGUAAGCAGGAGUAGUUCGUUAGUUAUUUCCUCGGUUUUGCUAUCUUACACUUAUUUCGAACAAUGGCCACUCCUGAACCCGCUAGCAGUCAAGGGAGACUAUACAGCCCUAAGUCGAUGCAGGAAAAGAAAUCAGCAGGGUUACAGUUUUUGAAAUUCCUUGAAACAAAUAACCUUAAAGCCAAAAUAGGAACAACGGAUGACCUGAGAAAAGUAUAUAUGGAGGACUACAAGAAAAGUUGCCAGGAGAGAUUAAGAGAUGAUGUCAUGGACUUCAUUGGUUUCGACUCCUUUCAAGGGAUGUUGUUUUCCCUAAAACGAUCACGGUGGGUAUCUGUAGAUAAAAAUAGCGUCACAUUCCACAGUUGGGAUGAUCGACCAGCGAAUCGACCACGUCAUAGAACUCGAAAGAAUAAAUCAAGCCCCACAAAAUCAAGUCCAGACAAAUCACCAGGUUCUCCACAUAAAUCAAAAUCAUUUGCCAGUGUUGCUGUUGAUCAACAUUUUGCAUUUCGGCAAAACAGCAUCGUGAAGAUGUCCAUAUUAGGCUCGAAUGAUGACGAAGAGAACCUGCCUCAAGGUGUCGUGAAAUUUCCCCAGAAUGGCCACUUCUCGUGUAAAAUCUGUAAGGUGAUUUGUACUACUGAACACAACAUGAGGAGUCAUAUUGAAGGCAAACAGCAUCGGACACAAAAACUCCUCUACAAUCUGAAGAUUAAUAGGCCAAUCCUAGUUGCUGAUAAAGAGGGCGUUACUAUCACAGCUACGGGGUGUGACAUGGAGGAUGGUUCUAUGAAGUUUGAUAUUUUUGAGAACAAACCAAAAGUCAUAUGGAUUCAGAUCAACAACGAUGAGGGCAAUGAUGUUGUCAUAUUCAAACAUUGUGAGAUGUUGCGGAAGAUUCGUGUUAUUCAGUUGACUGACCAUGGUAAAGUGACAGAUGGUUAUAAGACAGUGGAAAUCAAUCCAGGUGGGCAGUAUAUUGUGAAAAUGACUGUAAAAGCCUCAAUGAUUGGGUGCUACUUUACACCGCUGGCUUUCCAAUUUAAGAAAGUUCAGGAUGAGGCUGGGUUCCACAUCGUGCGAUAUCUGGCUGCUCGCUGUACUAACCCUGUACUGGAAUCUCUCAAACCCACUGCACCAUAUAAGCGACCACCAAGAGUUGCUGUAAAGACCUUUAAACGAGAUGUUGUGGAGGGUGUGCCGUUACCCAAGAUGGGUUCUGAAAGAUUGAAGCGUGUCAUUGAACUUCAGCAGCAUACUAUACCGAGGGGUCUUCGCCGUGUGAUGAAUCGCGGCCUGGAGGAGACCCCACGAAUGUCAGCAGAAGAUAAACUAGACAUGAAAGAGAUAAAGGCCCAGUUAGAGGCUGAGCUAACUAUGGACAAUUUCCUAGACAAGCUCUGUCACCUGCUACAUAUAGAGGAGAUACAAAUGGAGGUGGAUAUAAGAAAGUAUGACAUGGAAGAUGUCUGCAUGAGGCGUUGUAAAGCAAACCCUCGUCUUCUUGUACUCAAGGUGCCAGGUCUGGCUGAGAAUCGUCCCUCGGUGUUGCGUGGAGAUCAUCUAUUCGUCCAUAUGCAGAAGGACACUGUGGAAUACAAGGGCUAUGUGCAUGAAGUGAUGCUUGAUGAGCUGAAGCUCGGCUUUGAUAACAGACUCCUGAAAAACUUCUUGCCAAACAUGAAGUUUGGUGUUCGAUUUGUGUUUAACCGCCUGCCAUUGCGGCUGCAACAUAGAGCUAUACAGUUAGCUGAGGAGUGCUCCCUAGACAAGCUGCUAUUCCCUACGUUAGAGACAGCCAGCUCUUGGGGCACCAUGCAGCCUUCAUCAACGAAACUCAGGUUGAAUGAUCGUAAGCUUGAGGACAAUCACGAACAAUACACAGCUGUACAACAUAUUGUGGCAGGAAGUUCUCGUCCUGCCCCAUAUGUGGUGUUUGGACCACCAGGAACUGGCAAGACUGUCACUAUCGUAGAAGCCAUGAAACAGAUAGUCCAGUGUUACCCUAACACUCACAUCCUGGCAUGUGCGCCUAGCAACAGUGCAGCAGAUCUGAUUACGGAGAGACUCUUAGAACAUCUCUCCAAGACACAGGUGUUCCGCAUGAACGCAUUCUCACGAUCUUGGGCUAGCAUACCACAGAAAAUCAGGAGCUGCUGCAACUAUGAUAAAUACGAAGAUCAGUUCUUCUUCCCAGAGAAAGAUGAGCUGAUGAAGUAUCGUGUUGUUGUCUGUACAUUGGUGACGGCAGGUCGUUUAGCAUCUGCCAACUUUCCUCCAGGUCACUUCAGUCAUGUGUUUAUAGAUGAGGCAGGACACGCUAUUGAACCAGAGUGUUUGAUACCUGUGGCAGGGAUCCUAGAGUGUGAUGUCAAGGUUGCUAAUGGAGGCCAACUUGUUUUAGCGGGAGAUCCAGAACAACUGGGUCCCAUACUUAGAUCUCCUGUCAGCUUGAAAUAUGGUCUAGAAACAUCAAUCCUAGAACGCUACAUGAAGCAGUGUGAAGUUUAUGACAAGGCUGUAAACCCUGGACCAGAUUUGAAGUCAUUCAACCCUAACCUCAUCACUAAGCUUGUUCGCAACUAUCGCUCACACCCAGCUAUUCUACGCAUACCAAAUGAACUUUUCUAUAACAGCGAGCUUGAACCUCAUGCUGAUUUACUUCUCAGGGAAUCCCUGUGUAAAUGGGAGGGUUUGCCAUGUAUGGGGUGUCCAAUUGUAUUCCAUGGGGUGAUAGGGCAAGAUAUGCGUGAGGAGAGGUCGCCAUCAUUUUUCAACCCAGAAGAGAUUGUGCAUGUGAUGAAAUAUGUGGAUACUUUAUUGGAGGAGAAGAAAGGCGGGAUUAAUAUUCAUCCCAAAGAUAUUGGCAUUAUCACACCAUACAGGAAGCAGGUUCAGAAAAUCCAGGGUCUUGUUCGUCAAAAGAGACUUACUGAGAUCAAAGUUGGCUCGGUAGAGGAGUUCCAGGGUCAGGAACGGAAGGUGAUCAUCAUCUCCACUGUCAGAAGCAACCCAGAAUACAUGUCAAUGGAUAUAGAGUACCAACUAGGCUUUGUGAAAAAUCCAAAGAGGUUCAAUGUGUCGCUGACGAGAGCUAAAGCUCUAUUGAUAGUUAUUGGAAACCCUUAUGUUCUAAGGCAGGAUCCAUGCUGGUCCACGUUCUUGAACUACUGUCGUGGCAACGGUGCAUACAAAGGCUGUGACUUUGACAACCUGGAAGAUCAUUUAGAGGACAUCACUCAAAGGUUUAAUGCAGUCAGUCUCAGUCAAGAAUCAGAAGAUGGGGUGGAAGUCAGUCAGUUGGAACAGCAGGUUGAACCAGAGUGGACGACAACUGAGAAAAUCUGAGUGAACCUUGUGUAACAAUCUACUGAAGAUAUAUGUGGACCAGAAGGAAUUGAGGGAACAACAUACAUACAUUGAAGUCAAGUCUACUUAAAUCCAGAUGCUUUAAGUCAGAUAAAUCAUUAACACAUGGACAAAAACAGUUGAAAUGGUGUGCUAAAUGAAAUCAAGAUUUUCAUUCUUCAGUGCAAGAAUAUGUGUAUGUGUACUACGCAAACAUUCAGUCUUGUGCUUGCAAUAUGCUUUAUUAUUACCACCUUAACGGGUCUGUUCUAGGGGUAUUAGUGCUAGUUUGGAAGGCAUUUAUUUUACUAUAUCGACCUGAGCAGUAUGUGACGUCAUAGUCGCGGGCC